GCUUGGGCAGGCGGAUACUUAUGUAUCAUCAACACCGCGGGAGUACAUCAGAGCUAGAGGCGAACGCGUGUAUAAGUACAGCGUUGUUGCGGUCCACCCAUCUUCCUGAACUUGAACGACCACUGUCUUCACUCCGAGUCGCUGUACCCCGAGCCUACGAGUGCUCAUCAUCGACAUCACGUACCUGAGGUAUAAAACGCUCGAGUUCAACACAAGGGAGUCUGCAGCGAAACACAGUGGGUGGCCAUGUCACUCGUACCAAUCGCCUUCGCCAUUCUGGCCAUACUGGUGGUAUAUCGCAUCCUGCGUACGCACAACACACUGAAGGACGUUCCCGGGCCAACGCCAUCAAACUGGUUCCUCGGCUACGUCUAUGACCUCUCUCCGAAGCCUGUCGGUACGCUCUACAGAGAGUGGUCACGUACCUUCGGGCAGACGUACAAGCUACGCGGACCGCUCGGGGUCCCGGAGUUGGUCGUCGGCGAUCCAAAAGGCGCUACACACAUCCUAAACUCGCCGAGUUUCCAGCGCAAUUAUUCUGAUCGGGUAGCUCUGGAGGAAUUCUUCGGGGAUGGCGUGUUCAAUGCCGAAGGCGAACAUCACAAGAGACAAAGAGCCGUCCUGAACACAGCCUUCUCGCCGUCAAAUGUUCGCGAAGUUGCUCAUGUUCUCUUCGAUCUCGCUGAACGACUCACACAAGAAUGGGAAGAGGAGAUCCGACAAGCAGGCCCCUCCGGCAUCCUGUCUGAGAUCACUAGCAAGAUGCAACGAGUCGCAAUCGACGCGAUCAGCAUGACGACCUUCUCCUACACCCUCUCCGAAGACCCUCAGAUCCCCGCGCUCAUCGCCAAAAUCGCGGACGUCCCCGCCAGCACGCUCACGCUCAUCGCGGAGUCGCUCGUCGACGCGUUCCCGAUACUGUACAAGGUCCCGAGCCCGAUGCGCGACUGGACGGUCCUCCUCCGCACGGAGCUCGGGAAGAUCGCGGAUAGGAUUUGGAAGGAGAAUGAGAAGAGCGAUGGUGGAGGUGCGAUGCACUCGAAGCUGUUGGAUGCUAUGGGCAGCAGCAAGAUGAUUACUGGCGAACCGAUGGAUCGGGAUACGGCUAUCGCCAAUAUGUGCGCCGUAAUCUUCGCCGGCUAUGAGACAACAGCGAACAUACUGGCAGAAUGCCUCUACGAGCUCGCGCAGAAGCCCUCCAUCCAGGACAAGCUCCGCACUGAGCUCAACACCUUCGUCGACACCACAGGGCGCGAGCCCACCUACGACGACCUCACGGGCGACGCCCUUCCCUACCUCGAUGCCGUCUCGCGCGAGGCGAUGCGCACCAAGGCCGUCCUGCUGACCGUCACGCGCGCCGCCGUCGCGUCCGACACGAUACCCCUGCACUUCCCAGUUACUUCCACGGGCGCGACGCACGUCGUCGUGGAGCCGGGGCAGCUCGUGCACGUCCCCGUGCGCGAUGGGAUUCACGUGGACUCCGUGAUAUGGGGCCCGGAUGCGGAGGAAUUCCGGCCUGAGAGGUGGUUGGAAGGUGAUAGCGCGUUGCCGGAGAUGGUGAAGAUGAUACGUGCACCUGGACACUUGCUGACUUUUGGCGACGGGCCAAAGACUUGCCUCGGCAGAUACUUUGCGAUGGCCGAGUUCAAGAUCGUGAUCUCGACGAUUAUUCGGCGGUUCCGGAUCGAGGACGUCGAGGAGAAGUACGACUUCUACCGCCAGACGAGCAACACCAUCAAACCGAGAAUCCGCGGGCGCGAGCACGAGGCGCCCCAGCUCAACUUGCGAGUCAAACUGGUCGAAGAGAUGUAGUGUCUGCAUUGGUGUGUCGGCAUAUGUAUAUUCGGCUGGCUCUGGCAUAGUUGGACUAUGUCGUCUCUCGAGCUUCAAGGCUUCGUGUGUGAUGUUCAUCCGUGUUCCCGGGACAUGCUGCGGUCGACCAAGUCAUUCCAAGGUUAGGCAACGUGAUCGCACCGCAAUCCUCAUGAA